UAACGACAACGACGAAGACGACGACGACAACGACGACGAAGACGACGUCGGCGACGAUUGGCGAACACGUACACUCGCACACUGCCCAAUCCUUUCCCCGGCGACGGCGACGACGGCGACGACGACGGGAAUACCUUCCAUGCGAAUACGGCCGCGGGCGCUGCGACGCGAUUAGAUCCUCCCCGAGCACAUGGUCCUGCAAUCGCGACGACCAUGAUCGCGAACCAAGCCGCGCCGAUCAUCGGCUUCCUCUUCGUCCUGGUGGCCACUUUUGAUCGCGGUGAAGCGAUAAUAUGUUAUCAAUGCAAUAGCGAGUAUGAUCCGAGAUGUGGCGACCCAUUCGAUUCGUAUAGCUUGGGAACUGUAAACUGCAGUUUUCAGCCUCGUUUAGAGCAUCUCAGCCAUUUAGAGCCUACUCUUUGCCGGAAAAUUAGUCAAAGAGUGUACGGAAAAGUGAGGGUCGUCCGCAGUUGCGGCUAUAUCACAGACAAGAAAGAUAACGGUGAGUGCCUUAAGAGGAGCGGCACCCACGACGUGCGCGCUCAAUAUUGCUCGUGCACUGGUGAUCUGUGCAACUCCGCCGAGGGUCUCCGCACGCCGUCCUUACUGCCAUUGGCGUCUCUCCUGACUGCCAUACUGGUGACACCGAGCCUGCUCCUGUCGUGCCCGAUCGUGCCGCCCUGUACCUCCCUCUCGACAGUCUAAUUUUGCCUAGUGUUCGAGUUAUACUCCGAGAAUCGACCCAGGCCAUUGUAGCGCCGCACGGACCGUUCGUACACCAGGAAAACGAGCUCCUCCCCUCCCACUCCCCCCCCCGUUCUAUCGAUCAGUCGGCCAGUCGACCAGUCACUGUCAAUUUUACCACCGAGUUACCGAGUUUUCUCGGUACGUGACGGAUCAUCAGGAGGAGAUCGUCAAAGGAGGAGGGCUCUACCGUUUGCGAAGGAGGGGACACUAUUCCGACCUUUCAGCCUAUCGUUAAAUUACCGGCUCUCGGCCUAAUUAAAAACCGUGUCAGACGAUGAUCGAGGCGUGUCAAUCUCCGCGCCGCUAAACAAAGAAACGUUACACUCAAGCUGUCAAAUUUCCUUUCUCCCUUCCGUUUCGAGAUAUCCAGAUGUAUAACGAAUCCGAACACGUAUAUCUCUUCAGGAAUCAAAAUGAGGUCACUCUCAAUGUGACUUUUUCAAAAAGUCCUGAUUUCUUGUAUUCGUGGAUGUCUUGAACGAUGAGGGGGGGGAUUCCGAGCAUUUCUUGCGGAUAAUUUUAAUUUCUGUUAGACUUUAGAUUUUAAUUCGUCGACGGUGUUUUAGGCUGUGAACGGUCCGUAACGUAGCCGGAUUAAUUAAUAAAAGUAGUGUAACGGUGAUAACUGCCAGAUGCGCGAGGGUAGUAUACAUAUCUCCGCGAACAAAAACAAGAAAAAACGCAAAAUAGAUAACGGCCUCUAUGUAAAA